UAAGUAUAUGCUUCAAUUUGGGCUGUCAGCCAUUGGAAGAUGAUGAUUCGUCUCCUACAUAUGAUCAUGCACCAAGGUCAGCUGCGCCCUCUGAGCAGAUUCUCUCUAUACGCCUUACUAAGACAUUGUAUAAGUAUUCAAGUCAUCGAUUUACUAGGACCAAAUCACCGCGAUGUCUACCGCUACAUUCGAAUGGUUCCCAUCACCCGCCAUCCUUCCUACCAACUUCACUCCCAACACCAUACCGGGUGUCGACGCUGAAUCAACACUUUCGCUACAGAACGUUCUCCGAGAUAACCAUGAGAAGUGGCACGUCUUUUUUAAUCACCUAAGGUUUCAUAACCAUAUUACUCACCAUGUCCUUGCAAUCUGGGCUCUUGGGGCGAACAAGAAAACCAUUGAAGCCGUCUAUCAAGAGUAUAUUCCCAUGCAAAGGCCUGCCAUCAAGUCCCCGAAUAACAUAUCAUCGGAGAAUUUUACUACUCACUUGGGAGAUGAUCAGUGUCGUACAAGGCCUUUUUCCGAGAGAACAUCAGGGAAAAAGGAUUCGCGGACGGUGUUGGAGGAGUUUGUCUUCUCCCCGUCUGCUAAUGUCAGCUCUGCCGGGGAUAAGCAGCCUGCCAUGCUUAAACGCUUGCUCAGUGGAUUAGUGCAUCCUAUCAUCCACACUGGGUACGGUCUUGAAUUCGGUUUGCCGGGUAUGGUCGUCGAAGGCCUCGCACAGGCGGCAGUCCAUCACGAUCAACUCAACCUCCUCUUCCCUCCUUCCUUUUUCGAGCCAAACGUUGACACCCUCGCAGAAAAGGUUUCUGCGAAUCUCACGUUGGAUUCGGAACCGAGUGAUAAAACGGAGAUUCAUGCUUUCGAUAUCUUAGCUCGGGUUCUGAAGAACGACACGCUGAAAUAUCCGGAUACUAGCGAUCCCGAAUUUUUCGCAUAUACACUUCGAGACAACGGAGCGACUUUGCUUGGAUAUGCGAACCAAUGGUCGCUCGGUCCCAAGGAUAUAUAUCAUAAGAUCGAAGAAUUGCAGUGGAUGAAUACCGUCCUAUAUGCUAUCACCGGUUCUCACCCUGGAAAGAAGUUCUAUGCUGAUUUCUUCUACAUGCAUCUCGUCACCUCAUCGUUGUUUUUACCCUCUUUCGCGGCAUAUCUCACACCGCCUUCACAAGCCCUCCUUCUUCGCAGUUACAUGGCUGUAUCCCUCGCAUGGUGGGUCGCUCGUGGUCGGCCUGGAUUCGACAUACCAAAGUUCUUCGAGGUGACGAUCCAGGACUCGGAGCCCAGCUCCAACUCAUCCACACCGACCUGGAAUUUACCUUCCGCUACCAACCCGUGGUUCGCUAUCAUUCAACAAGCCAUCGUCCACCCCGAUGAUCAUCUAUGUAAAAUCCAAAGAGCGUUUGUGCACUAUGCAACAUUGUAUGGGGCACGUCCAUGUGGUAAGCCCGACUUUUCGCAGACGGAACUCGAGGGAGCGGAGAGACUUGAUGGUACACUGUUUCUACGCGCAGCGCAAUUGACAGCAAAACAUUUCGAGUAUGAAGGGAAGGGGGAGAAGUAUCCGGCUGCUCAAACUUUAUGGGACUUCAGCUAGACAAUAUGGAGAAUGGAUUCGUAUACAGCACGAAUGAAAUUACUUAACAACGAGGGCCUUUGGAACCGCAUUAAUUCGCACACGGCGACGCAGUCGUGCCCUCGGGCUCUCAGCACUGAGGAGAAUGGCGCUUGGAUAUCCGUAAUGGAGACCUGCGUACUAUUCCUGAGGAAUGUAUCAAAUGAC